UCGCCAUCAGUUUGUGAGACUGGUCGGGCGGCCAUUGUUACUUCUUGUGUGGUGUAAAGCGAUAUAGUGCUGACUUUUUUCUCACGAUAAUUAACAGUUGGUUAAGAACGGAUUUAGAAAAUACGGGCACCAGCAAUCAUGGCUCGUAGCCGGAAAGAUAGUACCGGUAAGAGCGAUUCUGAAGCUACGGAUAAAGAGAACAAGAAGGAGAGAGGCAGGGAGAGGGAGAGGAAGAAGCGAGCGGCGUCGUCUUCUAGCAGCGGCAGCAGCUCUUCAGAUAGUAGCUCUGGAUCUUCAAGCUCGAGUAGUGGCAGUAGUUCCAGAUCUAGUUCGAGUUCCUCUAGCUCGUCCAGCAGCUCGCCAAGCUCUUCAGGCAGUUCUCGAGACCGUGGAAGAAAGCGCAGUCGUAGCAAAAGCGUCGACGCUUCACGAAGGCAUGACAAUAAGGAGAAGGAGAGAGAUAAGGAACGAGAAAGAGAAAGAGAUAGGGACCGCGACAGAGACAGAGAACGAGAAAAGGAGAAAAAGAAGGGAAGCAAUUCCGUUGCUGACAAGCCGAAACCUAAGGGACGCUCAAGGUCUCCUUCUCCACGCAGGAAGCGCAGAGAACGUUCCCCAAUCCCCAGACCGACGAAGAUACACAUUGGGCACCUAACGCGAAACGUUAGCAAAGACCAUAUCGUGGAAAUAUUUUCAGUAUACGGUCAGAUAAAAAUGGUUGACUUCGCAAUGGACAAGCUUCACCCUAAUCAAGGAAGAGGAUUCGCGUAUGUGGAAUUUGAUACCGCGGAUGAAGCCGAGAACGCCAUGAAGCACAUGGAUGGAGGGCAGAUAGAUGGUCAGGAGAUUACAGCCGCUCCAGUAUUGUUGCCGAAACCUCGACCAUUGCCGAUGCGACGCAUGUCUCCUGGCAUGGGCAGACGCGCACCGCCACGAUGGGGAGGCGGUGGUAGAAACACACCGCCACGUUAUCGUAGACGUACGCCGCCCAUGAAUCGCCGUAGGAGUCCACGACCGCCACGGCGCAGAAUAAGGACCCGAUCGCGGAGUCCACCAGGAAAUCCGCGACACCGGCACCGCCGUUAUACAAGAUCAAGCACAAGUAGCUCGCGAUAAUAGUACUUCACCGCACAUUGUACAUAAACGAAAUACUGAUUCAAUGUGACAAAUUUUUUUCACUUUGUCAUGUCAUAAUUGUCUAAUGAAGUAUAUCUGAUUAAUGUCAUGAUGUCCAUUAAUUAGCGAUUGAUAAUUCGUAUAAAUAUCGUAAUAUUUUCAUGUUUCGUCAAAUUUUUUCUUCUAACACAUUUUUGAAAUAUAUCAAUCUUGACAUAUAA